CAUCAAGCUGCGACGAGCAGGCAGCGUCUCGUUUCUGUUAGCUUCGUUAUUUUGAAACACAAUCUUUUUCUUGUUUUGACAUCACCAAACUGCGGUUUAUUAGUGGAAUCCACAUAGCCUGUCCACUAUGAGUGGUGGAUUAGCUCCAAGCAAAAGCACAGUUUAUGUAUCAAAUCUACCAUUCUCUCUGACAAACAGCGACCUGCACAAGUUAUUCACCAAGUAUGGAAAAGUCGUGAAGGUUACAAUAGUGAAGGAUAAAUUCACCCGACAGAGUAAAGGAGUGGCGUUUGUCCUCUUCUUGGACAGAGAAGCAGCUCACAAUUGUGCAAGAGCAGUGAACAACAAACAGUUGUUUGGCAGAACAGUUAAAGCCAGUAUAGCUAUAGACAACGGGCGAGCAACAGAGUUUAUAAGGAGACGGAACUACACAGACAAGACCAGAUGUUAUGAAUGUGGGGAAACGGGACAUCUGAGCUAUGCAUGUCCUAAAAACCUUCUUGGAGAGAGGGAGCCACCAAAAAAGAAAGAAAAGAAGAAGAAGAAAAGGCUGCAACAACCUCAGCAUAUUGAGGAAGAUGAAGAAAGUGAAGAGGAAGGAGAAGACCCUGCCCUGGAUAGCUUGAGCCAAGCCAUAGCUUUUCAGCAAGCCCACAUGGAGGAAGAGGAGAAGAAAAAGAAAAGGCAAGCGGAAGAGGACAAUGCCCAUGCCUCGACAUCCUCAGACUCUAAGAAACCAAGGAUUAAAAAGAGUGCAUACUUCAGUGAUGAGGAGGAACUGAGCGACUAAUGCACAGACUUUUACACCGCAUACAUAUAUAUUUAUCAAAUUGUUUUCUGGUGAAGUCAUGUUUUAUAUUCUUCAGAUAUUUUCUUAAUAAAAUUAGCUUUCUGAUGUGUG